CAAGUUCGCUCAGCACAUGCCGGUGGUCGUGCUUAUUGGUCAUCUGCGUGUAAGUGGCAGCAGCCUUUUUCCCCCGGAGUAUUUAAGCACCCCCUCGCAUUCUUCUUCGAAUUAAUUAAUAGUUCGGUUCUUCUCCUUUUCGCUCCGAGACGUUUGGGUUUGAAGCAAGAGCUGUUCCCUUCUGUAAUUUCGCUCGCCGGCUCCUUUCUCCAUCAUUUACCUUGCGGCUCGCCGUGCCUGCUUUCUUCGUCCACAAUGCCGGACAAUACCGUCUAUCUCAUCACGGGUGCAAAUAGGGGCAUCGGCCUUGCCGUGACGACUCUGCUCCUGAGCCGCCCCCACACGACCGUCAUCGCCACCUCGCGCAACCCGUCCGCCUCGCUCGACCCGGCCUCCUUCCCCGAGGGCAAGAUCCACCCGACCAGCCGGCUGAUCCCCGUGCUCCUGGACGACGGCGACGACCCGGCGCGGGCCGCCGACCCGGCGCGGGCGUCGCGCACGCUCGCGGCCCGGCUGCGCGACGAGCACGGCGUGACGGCGCUGGACGUGGUGAUUGCCAACGCGGGCGGGUCGACGUGCGCGGGCAACGUGCUCACCACGGACCCGGACGUGAUGGGGCGCGACUUCCGUGUGAACGCGGCCGGCACGGCGCGGCUGUUCCAGGCCGUCUGGCCGCUGCUGGAAUCCGGAGAAGAGACAAAGGAGAACAAGAAGAAGGACGAGGAAGAGGAGGAGGGGGGGAAAGGGGAGGAAGGUGGUCCGGCGGGGUGGGAGAAGAAGAAGUUUAUCUACAUCUCGAGUACGCUGGGGAGCAUCGGGAUCCUGGAAAGGGAGAGCAUGCCGGGAAUUGCCUACGGGAUGAGCAAGGCGGCGGCGAAUUGGUUCGUGCGCAAGGUCAGCGUGGAGCUGAAGGGGAAGCUGGUGGCUGGGGUCUUACAUCCAGGAUGGGUGCAAACGGCAUUGGGACAGAUCCUGGCGGAUGCGGUUGGGCGCAAGGAGCCGCCGAUGACGGUGGAGCAGAGCGCCAAGUGUGUUGUUGAACAGAUUGACAACUGGACCCCUGACAAAUCGGGUCAGUUCCUGUCGUAUGACGGGAAACCGCUGCCGUGGUAGGCGACGGUUAGUUGAACCCUUGCAAGCCGGGUCCUUGACCCUGGGUAAGAUAGAUGGAGGAGAGUGCUCGGGAAGCAAGCCAGCGUCAGUUGGUGCUAUUUACGAUAUGGUAGAAAUGCUUAUGAAUUCAUAUUUCCCGAAUAAUUAGCAGAAUUGAUGAAGAGCUUCCAUCGUGCG